CCGGCGCAGCCCAGCGGGCUCGGCAACCACCGCGCGGCGAAGCGCGGGAGGCCAGCCAGGGCCAGGAGGCGGUGGCGGCCACGGUCCGGCAGGGUCCCCGCUGCUCCCGGCCCCCGCCCGUGGCCCGCCGCCCGCCCGUGGCCCGCCGCCGCCGCCGUCAUGGGCAAGAAGCACAAGAAGCACAAGGCCGAGUGGCGCUCGUCCUACGAGGAUUAUGCCGACAAGCCCCUGGAGAAGCCCCUGAAGCUAGUCCUCAAGGUCGGAGGAAGUGAAGUGACUGAACUCUCAGGAUCCGGCCACGACUCCAGUUACUAUGAUGACAGGUCAGACCAUGAGCGAGAGAGGCACAAAGAAAAGAAAAAGAAGAAGAAGAAGAAGUCCGAGAAGGAGAAGCAUCUGGACGAUGAGGAAAGAAGGAAGCGAAAGGAAGAGAAGAAGCGGAAGCGAGAGAGGGAGCACUGUGACACGGAGGGAGAGGCUGACGACUUUGAUCCUGGGAAGAAGGUGGAGGUGGAGCCGCCCCCAGAUCGGCCAGUCCGAGCGUGCCGGACACAGCCAGCCGAAAAUGAGAGCACACCCAUUCAGCAACUCCUGGAACACUUCCUCCGCCAGCUCCAGAGAAAAGAUCCCCAUGGAUUUUUUGCUUUUCCUGUCACGGAUGCAAUUGCUCCUGGAUAUUCAAUGAUAAUAAAACAUCCCAUGGAUUUUGGCACCAUGAAAGACAAAAUUGUAGCUAAUGAAUACAAAUCAGUUACGGAAUUUAAGGCAGAUUUCAAACUGAUGUGUGAUAAUGCAAUGACAUACAAUAGGCCAGAUACCGUGUACUACAAGUUGGCGAAGAAGAUCCUUCACGCAGGCUUUAAGAUGAUGAGCAAAGAGCGGCUGUUAGCUUUGAAGCGCAGCAUGUCGUUUAUGCAGGACAUGGAUUUUUCUCAGCAGGCAGCUCUUUUGGGCAAUGAAGAUACAGCUGUUGAAGAACCUGUCCCUGAAGUUGUACCAGUACAAGUAGAAACUGCCAAGAAAUCCAAAAAGCCGAGUAGAGAAGUUAUCAGCUGCAUGUUUGAGCCUGAAGGGAAUGCCUGCAGCUUGACGGACAGUACCGCAGAGGAGCACGUGCUGGCGCUGGUGGAGCACGCGGCUGACGAAGCUCGGGACAGGAUCAACCGGUUCCUCCCAGGCGGCAAGAUGGGCUAUCUGAAGAGGAACGGGGACGGGAGCCUGCUCUACAGCGUGGUCAACACGGCCGAGCCGGACGCUGAUGAGGAGGAGACCCACCCGGUGGACUUGAGCUCGCUCUCCAGUAAGCUGCUCCCAGGCUUCACCACGCUGGGCUUCAAAGACGAGAGAAGAAACAAAGUUACCUUUCUCUCCAGUGCCACUACUGCACUUUCAAUGCAGAAUAAUUCAGUAUUUGGCGACUUGAAGUCAGACGAGAUGGAGCUGCUCUAUUCAGCCUACGGAGAUGAGACAGGCGUGCAGUGUGCGCUGAGCCUGCAGGAGUUUGUGAAGGAUGCUGGGAGCUACAGCAAGAAAGUGGUGGACGACCUCCUGGACCAGAUCACAGGUGGAGACCACUCCAGGACGCUCUUCCAGCUGAAGCAGAGAAGAAAUGUUCCCAUGAAACCUCCAGAUGAAGCCAAGGUUGGGGACACCCUAGGAGACAGCAGUGGCUCUGUUCUGGAGUUCAUGUCGAUGAAGUCGUAUCCCGACGUCUCCGUGGAUAUCUCCGUGCUCAGCUCUCUGGGGAAGGUGAAGAAGGAGCUGGACCCUGACGACAGCCAUUUGAACUUGGAUGAGACGACCAAGCUCCUGCAGGACCUGCACGAAGCACAGGCAGAGCGCGGCGGCUCUCGGCCAUCGUCCAACCUCAGCUCCCUGUCCAACGCCUCUGAGAGGGACCAGCACCACCUGGGAAGCCCUUCUCGCCUGAGUGUCGGGGAGCAGCCAGACGUCACCCACGACCCCUAUGAGUUUCUUCAGUCUCCAGAGCCUGCGGCCUCCGCCAAGACCUAACUCUAGACCACCUUCAGCUCUUUUAUUUUGCAUGUGUAGAGUUUUUGUCACCAGACAAGGACUUGGAUCCUGCCCCCUUUGGCAUGCGGGAAGCAGCCCUGGGGAGGUAAUGAAUUGUCUGUGGUAUUGUGUCAGCAGAGUCUCCAAGCCCUGCGAACCCUGAGGAGUGGAGUCAUACACGAAGGCCAUAUGGCCAUCGUGUCAGCAGAGAGAGUCUGUACACAGCCCCGUGAACCCUGAGGAGUGGAGUCAUACGCGAAGGGCGUGUGGCCAGGACGCAGAGCUGCAUGCAGUCUAUCCAAGCAUCGUGUGGCUCCAGCCCUUGUUUCUGCCAGUGUAGACACCUCUGUCUGCCACACUGUCCUGGGUUCGCUCUAGGGAGGCACAGGCAUGGGUGUGUCUGGCCUCAUUCUGUAUCAGUCCUGCGUGUUCCUGUCAUAGUUUGUGUUUCCCAGGCAGGCCAUGGUAGGGGCCUCGCAGGGGCCAGUGAGGAGCACAGGGCCAGGCUGCAGUGAGGACAGCUCCCCUGUUUUCUGUUUAAUUGAUGAACUCGAGAAAGGAGUGCAUUCUGCCUGCCCGUUACAGUGGGGUGUUCCGUGUCCAUAAAAUGUUUUCUAACUGGG